GGCUGGUGGAGUUGCUGGUGUCUGUGUCGACUUGAUCCUUUUUCCCCUGGAUACUGUAAAGACAAGACUGCAGAGUCCUCAAGGAUUUAGGAAGGCUGGUGGUUUUCGUGGCAUCUAUGCUGGUGUUCCUUCCACUGCUAUAGGAUCCUUUCCAAAUGCUGCUGCAUUUUUUAUCACCUAUGAGAAUGUGAAAUCCAUGCUGCACCAUGGCUCUACAUCUUACUUGACUCCAGCAACACAUAUGGUGGCUGCCUCCCUUGGGGAAGUGGUUGCUUGCCUCAUACGGGUUCCAUCUGAGGUUGUCAAGCAAAGGGCCCAGGUUUCUCCUUCCUCAAGUACCCUCCGGAUUCUCUCCCGCACUUUGUAUCAUGAGGGUAUUCAAGGACUUUAUCGGGGUUAUAAAAGCACAGUAUUAAGAGAGUGUACCAGCGUGUAUUGGUGUGGAAAUUGGAUCAUGCUACUAAGAACAGUCAAUGAACAGAUUCCUUUCUCUCUGGUACAAUUUCCCCUCUGGGAGUCCUUAAAGGAUCUCUGGUCAUGGAAGCAGGGUCACGUGGUGGAUUCUUGGCAGUCAGCAGUCUGUGGAGCUUUUGCAGGUGGAUUUGCAGCUGCAGUCACCACACCUCUCGAUGUAGCGAAGACGAGAAUUAUGUUGGCAAAGGCUGGUUCCAGCAACGCUAGUGGGAACGUUCUGGCCGCCCUCGGUGGCAUCUGGAGGACACAAGGCCUGUCGGGGAAGUUCCUGAACACCGAUUCCAGGAAGACGUCCAGCUGUGCCCCCCGGCAGCGCUCAGAGAUGGGUUGUCUCAGCUUGUUCGCAGGUGUUGUCCCACGGAUGGCAGCCAUCAGCCUGGGAGGCUUCAUCUUCCUGGGGACAUACGAGAAGACUCGCCAGCUGCUGCUCUGACCCAGCCCGGCCGGUCCUGCCGGUGGCCGCCGCAGAGCUGGAGAAGCGGCCGAGCUGGAGGAGGAGUCCGCCCACGAAGGCAGCCUUCCUCC